AUGUACUGUAUCGUGCCAAGAAAGCUGGAGGAGGACAGGCCAUAUCUGCUAUGGCUUUGGGGACAGAACUUGCCCAAUGUAUGUCACCCAGCAAAAAUGAUUCUCCAAAGCAGUGGAGCAAUGAUUUCAAUUGACAUGCCUGUUGCUCCUUCAGAAGUUUUAGUCACUGCAGACAAAUAUGCUAGCCCUGUUCACAUAGCUGCAGAUUUGCUUUCUCAGUUAGCUGGGCAUGAGCCGGACAGUCAAGUUGUUCUUGUUAUUGGCGGGGAUGGAAUUGAUCUAAGAGCUAUCGAGGAGGAAAUCAGAAAGCAGUGUCAAGACCCUCCAAGAGGAGAGUUUGCUUCAAAAGCUCGUAGCCACAGUUACACCGUGUUGCUCGUAAAGUGA